CACUCACACCGACCACCGAGUCACAGUCAGAGUCACUGACACAGCAUAUACACACCUUUUUCCCGUGGUCAUUUGGAAAUGACAUACCCGUGACAAUCCGAGACUAAACUCCGCCACAGUUAUGGCCGCGUCCGGCGGAGGUGGUAGAGAGGAAAGUGUAGCCUCCGGCAAGUCAACCUAUGAAGAAGACACCUCCUUCAGUCUCUCCUGUAAACAGCUGCCGCUGAAGAAAUCUAAACGCAAACAGCUUCCUCAAGAAGUCGAAGCUCUCAUUUCCUCCGCCACCGUCGCCGCCCAUUCGUUUCUCUCCCAAAACGACCUCCUCUUAUCCCCCUCUCAAAUUCUCUCCAUCGAGUCCCUCCUCGCUGCUCCUUCACUCUUCUCUCUAUCUCCACUUCUUCCACCAUCACAAUCUUCGUCUUGGUUCCAUCGAUUCAUCUCCUCGGCUUCCAGUGAAUACGACCCUCGCUGGCUCCACUGCUUCCGAAUGUCCAAACCCUCUUUCUCUCUCCUCCUCUCCCUCAUUUCGCCGUCUCUCCUCGCUCUGCUCCCCUCCUCUGUACCCCCAAAUUUCGCACUAGCCGCGGCCCUCUUCCGCCUCGCACAUGCCGCGCCUUACAAGUCCGUGGCGCGCCGCUUCGGGCUGGUUUCGUCCGACCAGGCCUGCCGGGUUUUCUUCUCAGUUUGCAAGGCAGUGAUUGAGAAAUUGGGGAAUUUGGCCGAAUUGAGGAGUGACGUAGGUCGGAUUUUGGUGGGGUUUGGGUGGAUUUCACUGCCGAAUUGCUGUGGUGUGUUGGGGUUUGGGAGAUUUGGAGUUGAUUGUCCUGAGUUGGGGCGAAAUGGGUCACUGUUGGUUCAGGCAUUGGUGGACUCCGAGGGUAGGUUCUUGGAUAUCUCUGCGGGUUGGCCUUCUACUAUGAGAACCGAAACCAUUUUGCAUCAAACCAAACUCUAUUUGGGGGUACAGGAGUCAGAGGAGUUGUUCAAUGGCCCUCCAUAUAAACUAAGAGAUGGCAGUUUGAUUCCUCAAUACAUUUUGGGGGACUCUUGUUUCCCUCUAUUGCCAUGGCUCUUAACUCCUUAUGCAAGACAGGAUGAGGAGGAUAGUUUUAGUUCCAUGGAGAGCGAAUUUAACAUUGUUCAUGGUCGCGCGAUGGGGCUGGUUGGCACUGCAUUUGGCAGGGUUCGGGCACGGUGGCAGCUUCUGGCGAAGAGGUGGACUGAUAAAUGUGUUGAGAUUUUCCCGUUUGUUAUUGUUACAGGUUGUUUGCUGCAUAACUUUCUGAUCAGGUGCAGUGAGCCACUGCCAGAGGGUAACGGGUGGUAUCCCAGGGAUGAGGAGCUUCCGGCUUUCGAAGGAGAGGUAGACGAUACUGGGAGGAGAAUCAGGGAUGUCCUUGCACAGCACUUGAGUGGGGUAAGGGCUAGCAGUUGAAAUCUUACUUAAUAAUGUAUGCUUGUUCGAAUAAAAAAAAAUGCAUGCUUGUUGAUGUUAUCUUCCUUGUAGUUUGUAAAUAAGGAGUGUACAAGUUUGAUUCUGGUGAAUUUAGAUGACUGCUUAUCGAUUGCCUGUGUGCAGGCACGUUUUCCCUGUAUCUGUGUGUUUGUGCCGAAGGAUUGUAGCUUGAAAAGUUCAUUCCA